GCUCAGAUUGAUAAAAGGGGCCUCGGAGUCGUGCGACUGAUCUGGAGGGGCCUUUGGAUUGAUGGCGCUGGACUCAUUGCCAAGCAUAAUCCACAGCCUCGUGAUUGGCAGCCUCGCCUGCCCUCGGGACGUGCGUGAGGGACGUCUCACGCCUCUCGCGUCAAGCGCUGAUAGGUAGGCGUUAGUCCUCGCGCGAAACCGCGGGCCGCCGGGCGCGAGGAGGCGAGAAAACUCGACCAGAGAGCAUUCACACCAAAACCACGAUGGCUGAGACCGCGGCGCGGCACGUCAACACCAUGGAGGCCCACCACGCCCCCAACUGGUCGCGCAAGCAGCACGUCGACGGCGCGCACGACAAGCCGAGCGCCACGUCCGGGAGCCACGGCCGGCGGCGCACAACGCGACGGCCGAAGACGAAGCACGCGCCCAUCGACGGCGAAGCCUGGUCCCACGCCGACGCGCGGGCGGCGCGGCUGGGUAGGACCGAAUCACUGAGCGGCUAUCUGUUCGGUUCAGCGUUUUCAGCGCCCGAACGGCAGCGCCCGGCCGAAGAGAAUAGAAGAUUGUGGCCCGAAGAACACGACGAGGACGCGGCGACCUACUUCACGCCCUUCGACGAAGGUAGAAGUGGUGUGAGACCGGACGGCCCCGAGACGACGUCCACGGGCGAGAACAAAUUCCACCUAGAAUUUCAGGGCAACCACGAGCCCCACGACGGCGAGUGCGAAGCGGUAAGGUUGCCCGGUGAAGACCACCGGCCCAUCGACGAGGACGAGCCGUUGUACGCCGGAAAUGUUAGAUUAGCAGAAGUAUUAGGAGAGCGAAAGGAGUCCUUCGACCUCACACCGCGCUUCUACGGCCCCGACGAGGCUCGAGCUCAUGUUUUGGAGCGGGACGAGCCGCAGCCCGAGUUCGACGUUGCUGGACAUGUGCGCCUCAAACCAGCUCUACACGAGGAGACGCCGGACCUAUUAGCUGAGUUGGUCGAGAACGGGUUGAAGGAGGGCCUGAAAUUAAGGAUGGACCAUUUGGACGCGAUUGACGACGAAGUGGCCGCGAUCUAUGCGGAGCCGGCCGUCGUGGCCAAAGUCCCUAGCCGUUUCGUCGACAGCUCCUCGACUAAGCCUUCGCUGAUUAGUUUGUCGAGAUCGUCGUCCUCCUCGAAGUCCUCUCCGUUUUUCUUGUAGUACACACGCAUCUUGUGGCUCCGGUCGUGGCGGAUGUAGUGCCCGAGGAACGACAGGCCCAGCGAGAACACCACCAUGCCACCGAGGAUCCAGCAGAAGUUGUAGACUCGGGCCAGGAUCUUCUUGUUCAUGCGCUCCGACGUGAGAUGAUAGUCGUACUCACACUGCGGCUCGCAAACUGGUGUGCCCGUCGGUGUGAUUGACGGAGCCAUUGUCAGCGUCGGCGCGAACGUCUGCGCGACAGUCGGGCUGAGCGACGGGCUGAGCGUCGAGUUCCGGACCGGCUGCGCCGAGACGCCGCCGCGCAGUGCGAGGGCCGCCGCGAGAGCCGCCGCGAGGACGUGCAUAGCGCUGGCUGAGCCUGGCACCUUGGGAUUUCAGUAAACCUCGUCUCCC